AUGGGUGAGCAUGCAGAUAUCCAUGUUUUUCCAGAUAUCUGUGUUGGAGAAAACAAAGUUUCACUGUGUAAUUACAAGAGUAAGGGCUUUAAGGCGGUGAUAGUGGCUCUCAAUAACUGUCAGGUCCACAUCUACAAGGAAAAGUACCUCGUCAACGUCAUCAAGACGGACUACGUCGUCAAGGGGCUCAAGUUCGGACAGUUUGGCCGAGAGGAGGGAACUCUCAUAAUGACCCUAAAUGGUGGUGGGUUGAUGAUUAAGAUUCUGAAGAGGAAUGCGACGUUUGAGGAGAAGGAUUUGUCUGGGGGUCCCCCCCCGCCGCCGCUCAGAACUCUCGCCUCAACGUCCCGAAGAAAACCAAGCUGUUUGUGGACCAGACCAUGA